UAACAGAAAGGAUCGACACGACACAAAUACAAUCAAAAAAUUUAAAGUGUUACUCGGUAAAUGCAGAAAUUUUAAUAGAGUCAAAGUCAAUUACUAGACACGCUGAGACAUAAGAAUUAAGAAUUGUCUACUUCAAAGUUCAAACAAGAAAAGAAAAUCAAAGAAUAGUCACCAAUUCUCAUAUUCACCAACCCAUCAGUUUCUUUCUUCUCUUCAAGAUACGGUCACCCACCGUUCAGGUUAUCUCCAGUAUUUAACUUUCUUGUUUGAGAUUCAGAUCUUAGGAAUCAGAGAGCAAAACAAUGGUGUAAGCUUGAUGUUUUUCUUUCCGCUUCUUACCCAUUUCAAAAUCUUGCAUUUCAACUAAUAAUCCUUUCUUCCACUCACACCCUCUAUUUUUUAUGAUUCGGUUUCAAUCUGUUCUCUAUGAUUUCUGUGUUUGUAUAGUUCUUGAUGAAACGAAAUUGGUAUUUAAUUAAUCAUGUUAUAAGUCAUAUGAUGCUUGAUUGUUGAUCAUCAUAUAAGUCAGCAAUGCAGCUCAAAACCCUAACAUUGCCUCCACCUUUUAACCCCUUUCCACAUAAAACCAUCUUCUUCCAUAAAAUUAUUGUCUUAAUUGUCACAUUUCUUGCUUAUGCCUCCUUCCAUGCCUCAAGAAAACCGCCAAGCAUUGUCAAGAGUGUUCUUGGACCUAAUCUUCAAUUAAAUUCUUCGCUAAGUGAAUCCGGUUUGAAUGUAGUAGACCCCAAUUGGAGUUCUACGGAUACUGGUUGGGCCCCAUUUAAUGGCCCUGAGGGGACUCGCCGGCUUGGUGAGCUUGAUCUUGCAUUCUUGCUGUCGUAUUCCGUAGGGAUGUAUUUUGCAGGACAUGUUGGUGACAGGAUUGAUUUGAGAUUGUUUCUUGUUUUGGGGAUGAUGGGUAGUGGACUUUUCACUAUUAUUUUUGGGCUAGGCUAUUGGUUUGAUGUACAUUUAUUAGGGUUUUUUGUGGUUGUGCAAAUAUUGUGUGGCUUGUUUCAGUCAAUAGGGUGGCCUUGUGUGGUGGCAGUGGUUGGGAAUUGGUGUGGUAAAGCAAAGAGAGGAUUGGUAAUGGGAAUCUGGAAUUCACAUACGUCGGUAGGGAACAUUGUCGGCUCAGUUGUGUCUUCUGCUGUUUUGGAGUACGGUUGGGGUUGGUCAUUUUUGGUGCCUGGCGUUUUGGUGAUUUUAGUUGGGGUUUUGGUGUUUAUGUUUCUUGUAGUCAGCCCGGAACAUGUUGGAUUUGAGCUUCCGAGAGAGGAUGUGGAAAUGAAUGUGCAGGUGAAUGGUGAGGAGAAUGCAGCGAAAGAUGAAUCAGAGGAAGCAGGGCUUAUUGGGACAGAAAAUGAUUCAGAUUCUUUGGCUGCUAUUGGAUUCUUUGAGGCUUGGAAAUUACCUGGCGUUGCUCCAUUUGCUUUCUGCCUCUUUUUUUCGAAGCUGGUGGCUUAUACUUUUCUAUAUUGGUUGCCCUUCUACAUAAGGCACACAGCUGUUGCGGGCGUGCAGCUGUCACAUAAAACCGCUGGGAAUCUCUCGACAAUAUUCGAUAUUGGAGGUGUCUUUGGUGGAGUUUUAGCAGGAUACAUAUCUGACAUGAUUGGAGCACGUGCAGUAACUUCAAUGGCAUUCUUGUUGCUAUCGAUCCCAGCCCUUAUUGUAUACCGGGUUUAUGGAAGUGUAUCGAUGGCUAUCAAUAUUGUUCUGAUGUUCUUUUCCGGGUUACUUGUAAAUGGCCCCUACUCGCUAAUCACUACCGCUGUUGCAGCUGAUCUUGGUACGCAGGAAGUGGUUAGGGGAAACUCUCGCGCCUUAGCAACUGUGACCGCAAUUAUAGACGGUACAGGUUCAGUUGGGGCUGCUCUUGGUCCACUAUUGGCUGGAUUUAUUUCCAGUAGAGGGUGGAAUAGUGUCUUCGGCAUGCUCAUAUUGUCCAUUUCUCUGGCGAUUCUGCUGUUGGUUAGUGUUGUAAGAGCUGAGAUUAGAAGUAGGUGAUUAAGGGAAAUGGAUUUUGAAAUUGAAAUGGAGGAUGCCUUUGGCUUUGUAUGGCAGUAGAACUAGGUUAGGGUUUUUCCAUUAAGAAUACAGUAUGAUGCAGAAAUAUCCUCGAGGAGUAUACUGAUGUGUAUAUUUUGUAUCUCAUUCUUUACACAAGGAUAGUUCCCAGUUUUGUUAUACAUGUACAAAAUUAAAGGCUAAA